CUCUCUAUGGAGCAUGCGAAAAAGAUCUCUUGUUGCUCGAUCUAUCACCGCAGAGUUCCCAACAAGAUGGCGAAGAAUGAACUGUGCCGCGUCGACACCAUGUGAAUUGGGAAACGACAGGGGCACGGUUGACGUUCUGGGCUUCUUUGUCGCUUUUAACGAAUUUUUUCGAGUCUCGUCUACCACCCUCCUCUGAAAGAGUUUUCGCGCUACAUUCCCGCUUAGUGCAUGAGCGGCAGAAAUAAGAAACCCAUACCAGUACCACCGACGGGCCAGGACCUGGAGCUAGCUUCGUCGAGACACCUGCCGCAUCCGCACAUUGGGGCGAAGUCCUGGGCGUUCUAUUCGUACUGGCAGGACCGGCAGCAGUUACCCUCGCAAACGCAUCUUGGGAAUCCGGCUGGAAGUGGUGCGCUUUCUUCUGCGUCUGUUACUGAAAGCACUGUGCAGAAGAUCAAAAUGUCUAAGCCUUUGGCCGACCCCCCACCAGCCGAGGACCACGUGGUCACGAGCUACUUGAAACGCUCUGCGCUUUUCAUUCCGAAGGAACUGGAGCCGAUACCGGGGUGCUUGACCGUGUCUGGCAGCUGCAUCACUUUCGAACCAGACCCGAGGUUCGAACUAGUGCGGACGCAGGGGAUCGGGAAAUUCCAAAUUUUUAUCGACUUCUCCGAUGUUUUGCAGUGCGGCAGCAUCAGUUUACCAAAGGAAGGAGUGAACAGCAACGAGUACCUGUUCUACCUGCAGCUGCACCUGCGCACCUUCGACGGCCGGCGCGAGGUGCGAAACGUUUCCGGUUCCCCCUUGCUGAGUCGGUCGGCCUCCGGCCACAGCAAAGGCGCCGCGAGCUCGACGUCACUUGGUGGUGCUGCGGUUAGUGUGACAAGUGGUUUUUAUCAGCAUAAUUCUCAGCCUUCAAAGCAGCUGUUUCCCUCUUCGCCGAUCACACAGACGGACUUCAACUCCGGAGCCAGUAGCAGAGGCAACUUGAUGAAUAAAACCGCCACGACGACGACCGGCUCUAGCACUCCGAAGGAACUACAGGAGGAGCAGCUUCCGCAACAGGUCGUGAGAUUGGAGAAUUUCAUCCGCCAGUCAACGAGGUCCAGCACGGAAAGCUCUACUUCGGGCUCGGAUAGUGAGAACAAGAAAGGAGGCAAGGACAAGACCAAAGGUCGAAACUCCCAAGAACAGCCCAAAAACCUACUCUCCACCGCGCCGCUUGAAUUACCGAACACGAGUCCACCGCCAGUUUCCCGGGACAACAGCGCCGAUGAGAGUGUGCUGUUGAAGCAGCGCAAUUUGAGUCGCGAGCUGACCGGCGACCCACAUAAAUCUGUGGUGUUUCAAGUUGACACCCGCGACACGUUGUAUGAUUUGACCCGCUUCUGUCUGGACCUCCUCGACACCUAUCAGAACAUGCUUGACUGGCAGAAGCCGCAGAAGACCCUGACGACCGUGGCUUUCGGCUCCGUCGAUUCGCUUGAAGAUUUGGUAACCGCGAAUCAGGAUCAGGCGGAGCGCGACGAGUGGCUGCGCAAAGCGGAGGAGAGCCGCCAAAAGCAGGGCGUUUUCGGGUCGAUUCUGUCGAAGUCUGUCGGCGCGGGGCUGGGGAAGGUCGUGCGAGCCAGGAGUGACAAGAAGCAAGCAGCGUCCUCUGCUACCUACACCUACGGUGCCCCGCCACGGGCCAAGGAGCAGCUGCACACUAGCUCGAGUUCUUCUCGUGCCCCCUUGGCGCAGCUGGAAUUCCAGGAAACCGGUGCUCGCGGAACCGGAGCGACGAGGCCGGUCGAGCCACAAGUACAACCUCCUGUCAACGAGCUCUACAAAGAGAAGAAGCGGAGCAAGCGACUGCUCUUUGGCGGUCCGGUGAGCGCUUCCUCCAGGACGUCGUCGAAGGAACAGGAUUAUCAAAUGUAAAAAUGUCUGGGUCUGGAAAAAAAGCACGUUUGUCUUGCUUGUCUGGCAUGACUCUUAAAUCUGUCAUGCACGAUACCCAAGAGCUCCGUUUUUCUGUGAUGCAGGAGCGCAGUUGGUCAUGCAGAAUAGGCAAGACCUAGGUGCUCAGAAACUUGUCAUGCUGAGCCAGCAUUUGUAGCCUCAUCAUGAGACGCCACCCAGCAUCACAAGUUUCCAGACCCAGACAUUUUUACAAUCCAUAAGGAUGCAGCGAGCUCCUCGUCAUCCAGAGCCCCACGACGGGAACAAAACAGGGCGAGAAACUACGACCAACGCGGGCAAGAACUGCGUGAACACUACUUGCCGCCGGAGCCGCCAUCGCUCAUCUCAUCGGUCUGGGAAACUUUUUUCGGGCCGUCGGACGAGCACGCAGUGAAGUUAGGAGGGCAGCAGUCGUCGUCUUAUUCCGGCUCUUCCGGAUCGGCGUCCUCAUCGGCCAGAAGCGGUGGUAGCGGAACGCAGGACCGGAGACGCCGCGGCGGCGAAGACCGAUUUAGUAGUGCGGGUGGUAGAAGUGCAGAGGAGGAGGUACUACAGCCUGGAUCAACGGUGGACACAAGUGGCGGUGGCGUACUAGCGGCAGCGGCUUCUGGCGUUGCCGACAAGAAUGUCAGGGCCACGUCGACGAAUCCGGCUGCAGCAGUUCCAUUUGCGCAGCAGCAGGAGCAGGGACGGAUCGGGGGAAGCUACCGGCGGAAAUUGGUGCAGGAAGAUGACAACUUGUGGAGUGACAAAACCGCGGGGACAGAGAAACUGCAAGCAUUUGAGCACAACAACGUCAGCACGGGUUCCAUCAACCCUGCAAAUCGACGGCCAGUUGGGAGUCAAGCUCCGACCGCCACGAGUGCAGCCGCGCAGCCAACCGGUCUCCAGACCUCCUCUGGCUCUUCGAACACGGAGGAAGAAAGUCUCCUCGCGCUGCCCAAGCCGCCGACCAACAGCCGGAUCUGGGAGGCGGCGACGCUCGAAGACCAGGAUUUGUUCGCUGAACUAGUUGCUUUCCUGCCACUCUCUGUCCGUUUCAGCAACUGGCAGUUGGCCUAUUCCCCGUCGAGGCACGGCGUGUCGCUGCAGACGUUUCACAGGAAUUUGCACGACAAGGGCCCGUCGGUGUUGUUCGUCAAGGACCAGUUUGGGGCGCGGUUCGGCGCGUUUCUGGCGCAAAGCUGGGAGUGCAAGGGAACCUACUACGGCAGCGGAGAAAGCUUCGUGUUCGCCGUACGGACGAGUGCGGAGAAGGGAGCGGAAAAUGGGCAAAAGUUUCUCCGCGUGUAUCCCUGGAGUGCGGCGAACUCCUCCAUCCAGUACUCUGACGAGACCAUGCUUGCGGUGGGUGGCGGGGGACGAGCGGCCAUUGUGAUCGAGUCCGACUUUUUGCGGGGCACGAGCUCGCCGAACUGCGCAACUUUCAAUUCCACGACACUGUCGACGCAGGAAGAGUUCGUGAUCGAAGAACUAGAGUUUUUCUCCUUUGACUCUUGGGAUUGACAGAUGCUGUUGACGAGCCGUUCAAGUAGAUCGCCAGCCCGGCGACGAGCAAUGGCACGAAAAAGAUGCCACUACCGCACUUGCUCGCGAUUUAUAUGCGAAAGGCAUUACUUAAGUUUAAC